AUGUUUCAAUGUGUCAUUGCCAUCAGCCGAACCGAAAGUAGUGAUCUGAUGACCCUGAGAGAGAUCACCGAGAUUCGUCGUCCUUGCAAGCUGUUCUUCAAGCGGAUGAUGAUAGUCACCGUGUCAGGUGGCUGGAAUGUUGUCAUCCGGAAACGCAAGUUUAAAGUCGGCGAGCACAUCCUUUUCUGCAAGCCCGACACCUUCAUUCCAAGCACGCCGCCAAUUUCGGCCGACUUCCACCUCGGUCAGUAA